AUGCUUGAGAAAAUAGGUUCCACACCAGGAUUUCUUGAUAAUCAUAUUCCAAACCACCAAAUAGAAGUGGGCGUUACCAAAAUUCCAAAGUUUAAGUUCUCUUUCGAGUUUGAAGCUUCAAAUGUUUUGAAGGAUAUGGGKCUGACUUCACCAUUUAGUACUCAUGGAGGUAGUCUAACCGAGAUGGUUGAUUCGCCUUCUACCGCUGAGAAUAUGUACGUCUCAAACAUUCUUCAUAAAGCUUGCAUUGAGGUGGAUGAAGAGGGAACCGAAGCUGCAGCUGUUUCUGUUGGCGUCAUGAAGGUGACGUGUUUGAGGCGAAAUCCAGAUUUCAUAGAUGACCAUCCAUUUCUAUUUACGGUGAGAGAAGACAAGAGUGGAGUGAUUUUGUUCAUGGGUCAAAUUCUUAAUCCUUCAAAACAUUGA